CCUCCUAUAAAGCUCCGCCCUCUUCUCCAUUACAAACACACCUAUUGCCUAAGUUGAUCGUAGUGUUGAGCAAGAAAGGAAGAAAAUAACAAUGGCGUCGAAUGAGGACAAAGCUGCCUACCAUGCCGGCGAGGCCAAAGGCCAAACUCAGGAGAAAAAAAAUGAGCUGCUCGGAAAGGCGUCGGACACAGCGGCCGGAGCCAAGGAGAAGGCAUCGGACGCGGCGGCAGGAGCCAAGGACAAGGCGUCUAACACGGCUGAGGCGGCCAAGGAGCAUGCAGUAGAGGGAAAGGAGAAGACUGGUGGCUUUCUACAGCAGGCUACUGAGACGGUGAAGAAUGCUGCGCAAGGAACAACGGAAGCGGUGAAGAACACUUUGGGAAUUGGUGAAAAGAAAUAGGGGCUACUAAUGAAGAAACAGAUUAAAGAGUUUGAAUUUGGAUGUUUUGUUAUAGUAGUUUCUAUUUGUAUGGUUUCUUGAAGUGCUUUGGUUUGAAUAAUAUUUAAAUAAUAUUAAGACAGUUGAUUUUUCUAUAGUUCAA